AUGGGAAAAUCGUCGAAAGGAAGCAUAAAUGAGAGUAGUGCGGGUAAGAACAGCGGCGGAAAGGGUAGUGCUACAGUUAAUACAGCCAGUGCAACGGGGUCGAAGGGAAAACAGUCCCGGAGCGCAAACUCAAAAGGCAAAAAUGAGAGUGCUACUGAACCUCCACCCAUAAGUCAAAAGAGACAGCUAUUUGGCAGUUGGACGGGAAAGACCCCAGUUAGCUUAUUGUAUGAACACUGCCAGAAAACGGGAUGGGAGAAACCGCAAUUCAAUACGGUGAAAAAAGCGAAAGGUUUUCAAUGUAUCAUUACAAUUGGCAAAGAAGAUAAGAAAACACGAGAGGUCAAACGCAUUACAUAUUGCCCAUUUGGCAACUUUUAUCCAGAAUCUGGGGAAGCCAAACAUUAUGCCGCCACAUACGCCCUUCACAAAGUCUGCUCUCAUAUGUCCAUUCACCGUCUCCUUCCGCCGGGACCGCGGGAUUUUUGGCUGGAGCUCGACGAAGGACGAAAAAAGCUGGAUCCUUCCCUUGCACAAUAUGAGUAUGCCUCUGAUCCUUUUGCAGCUAUCGAAGCACGGGAAAGGGCGGAUACGGAGCGUCGUGCGGCGAUUGCGGCGAAAGCUGCAGAGCAGCCCAAGGCCCCAUGGGAGUCCUAUCCUGUCGUCCAUAUGUCAGCUGAGAACCGACAGAUGGUUGAAGAUUUGAUUCGAGCGAAUCAAGCUGUUCUUGCGGAAAAUGGGGACACAAAGUCGGAGGUCAAACCGGCAUUGCACAUCAAAAAGUCUCUAAUAAAGCUGGGUUUUCGACCAGCACAUGUAGACGAAGCAUUAAAUUUCUGCACCGAUCAUGCCAGCGCCUUAAACUGGCUCUGUAUCCACGUUCCUGAGGAUGAUCUACCAUCCCAAUUCCUUCCCGAUGUGUCUCCUGAAAUCAACGCCCAACGACAUACUUCUACCAGUCUAGCCCGUGAAUACGCGGUGAAACGUCUGGCUUCUGCUGGAUUUUCGAGAAAACUUUGUGAAGAGGUUUUAGACGCUCAUGAAGGGAGGGAGACGACGGCAUUGGUGUCAUUAUCGCGGAAAUUAGUGGAUGUUACAGAGGAAUGUCAUGUAUCGGAGGAUGGCUUGAGUUAUGGGGAGGCUGAGAUUGCGGUUAUGGUUGACGAGGAAGUGCAGGCGUUGGACUCAAUUUUUAAUGCCCAUUUCAGUCACGAGCAAUCGGAGCAAGGUACGGUGUACUCCAUACUGUUCGAAAUCGGAGAUGUCCCUGGACGCAGUACGCUCGAAAUCUGGCUUCCCCGACCAUCAAGAUAUCCGUUCGAGACGCCGGGCCUAGUUUUGCGGAAUGAGAAACUUCCAGCCUAUAUACGGUUGAGCGCCAUGCGGGAACUGGGCCAGCAAGCAGUUGAAAUGCUUGGCUCUCCAAUGGUUUUCGCACUGGAGGCUUGGCUUGAAGAUAAUCUGCCUCGUCUAGUAGCAACGCCUCCGCCUUUGACAACAAUAGCGGUGGGUGUCGCAUUGCAAGCAGACAGCGAUCGACAACACGAUUCGCUGUUGGCAUCCGCGGAUGCGCCACUCCCGACGUCACAUACAAAGAGCCAGCACGUCAGAGCUCCUAAAGUGAAGAAGACGCCAAAACGGCUGGCUGAUGACCCACAGCUAAGUCAAAAACUGAAAAAUGCGCUUGCGAGCAAAUGCGGGGCUGCAGAGUACCAGAAAAUGCUUGCAUAUAGAGAAAAACUGCCGUCGUUCAAGUACAAAAAUCAAAUCAUGGAUGCACUGGCCAAUAAUCAAGUAUUGAUUAUAUGCGGUGAAACAGGAUGUGGAAAAUCUACACAAGUUGGGCAAUUCAUCCUGGAUGCCAUGAUACAUGCUCAGCGGGGUUCAACCUGCAACAUCAUAUGUACGCAACCAAGGCGGAUCAGUGCACUUGCACUAGCAGAACGGGUCGCAUCAGAACGCUGUGAGAAGGUUGGAAUGUCGGUUGGGUAUUCCAUCCGGGGCGAAACCGUACGUUCCGCUGAUACUCGCCUGAUGUUUUGUACCACUGGUAUCUUGCUGCGAAUGACUCAUUCCGAUCCCAUGUUGAGCGGAAUUUCGCAUUUGAUCGUGGAUGAGGUUCACGAACGGGGAGUUGACAGCGACUUUCUGCUGAUUAUCGUACGUGACUUACUUCCCAGGCGGCCCGACUUUAGACUAAUUCUGAUGAGCGCCACGGUAAAUUCCACUACAUUCUCUUCGUACUUUCGACGGGCACCGGUUUUCGAAAUUCCUGGGUUUACCCAUCCCGUUCGGGAUUUCUACCUGGAAGAUGUGUUGAAGAAUGUAGAAUACACACCUGUAAUGGGCAACCUCGCACGCGGCAAGAAGGGACCUCGUGAAGAAGAAGAGGCCGAAAACGAUAGAGAAUGGUUCCAAAAAUGCGAAGCGGACGGAUUAGACGAAAGCGCCAUCAAUGUAUUGACCUCCGCCCAUCAAGGCAAUGCUAGUAUCAAUUAUGAUCUGAUAGCAGCGAUAGUUCGACAUAUAUGUCAAAGCUUUGCAAAUGACGACGGAGCUAUUCUGAUCUUUAUGCCGGGUGUUUCUGAAAUUAAAAAAUGCAUGGACACCCUUCGAAAUGACGUGGGAAGACAUUGUGGACGGCUUGAGAUCAUGCCACUUCAUGCAAAUCUAACGAGUAAAGAGCAAUCCAUGGUAUUCCGGACCAUGCGCUCCGGUGUCCGCAAAGUAGUGAUUGCCACCAAUAUUGCGGAAACGAGUAUUACCAUCGACGACGUUGUAUAUGUUAUCGAUCCGGGAAAAGUCAAAGAGAUGCAGUUCAAUGGCACCAUACUGACUUUAACGGAAACGUGGGCAUCACGAGCUUCCUGCAAGCAACGCCGAGGACGAGCUGGACGUGUUCGACCUGGCUACUGCUAUAAGCUAUUCUCCAGGCACUUUGAACAAACGAAAAUGGCCAGCGACUCGGAACCUGAGAUGGUCCGACUACCAUUAGAACAGCUGUGCCUACAGGUCAAGGCGAUGGGCAAUGAGGAUGUUGUAGCCUUUUUGGGCAAGGCCAUAAAUCCGCCAGCAGUAAUCAACAUUGAAGCUGCACUCAAAGUGCUACGCGACGUGUCCGCGAUAGAUCCUACCGAUGAUCGACUUACUGCCCUCGGACGUCAUAUGGCAACAAUUCCGGCAGACCUGCGUAUCGCCAAAAUUUUACUGUUUGGAGCCAUUUUCAAAUGCCUGAAUGUUGUUCUCACCAUCGCGGCAUGUAUGAGCAGCAAAAGUCCAUUCCUUGCGCCCAUGGCAAAGCGGGACGAAGCUCGAGCUGCGCGGGAACAUUUUGCAUCUGAUAAGAGCGACUGGUUAACGGAUUGUAGAGCUGUCCAUGCAUGGCUAGAAGUGGCGUCGAAAGGAAACCGCGCCGAGCGCGAGUUCUGCGAGCAAAACUUCCUCUCCCUUGCAACCCUGUCAAGCAUAUCGGACCUGCGUCGUCAAUACCUUGACAUACUCAUCGAUCUAAAUUACGUACCACAAGCAUACAGCCGCGCCAUUGAUGACCCAUCCCACGGAUUGAAUGCAAAUUCCACGAACGGUAGAAUCGUAAAAGCAACAUUAGUGGCUGGUUUAUAUCCCAACUUGGCGCGCAUCAAGCUUCCCGAAGUACAGUACGAUCAAACUGCACACGGGUCCGUGGCGAUCGCUGCCAAAGCACGGGAAGUCAAGUUUUAUACAAGCGAAGACGGUCGUGUCUUUAUCCAUCCCGCGUCCGUCAACUUCACUCUCAACCGGUUUGACGAUCCUCUCAUCGUCUAUCAUCAAAAGAUAUCUACUUCUAAAAUAUUUCUACGAGACACGACACUAUGUUCCGCGUGGCCCCUCCUCAUGUUUGGCGGGGAACUGCAGGUGGAUCACCAGGGUCGGUCAUUGUCAGUAGGACGACAGUGGAGGUUUCAAGCAUAUGCAAGGAUCGCUGCACUGAUCAAUGGUUUGCGAACUUUGUUGGAUAAGGGCCUUGAAGCAAAAAUAGCGGACCCAGGCUUAGAUAUAUCUGCUGCGCCUGUUGUUCAGAGCAUGUUGAAGCUGUUGGCAACCGAUGGGAUAUAGCUUGCCAACCUUACUUCGAUGUGCCAAACAUGCUGCCGCUAGACCCUCGGCUGUCCGGAUAGUUUUGUGACAAUUUAUAUAAAUUAUUAGCGGCCACCCUGUAAUUAGGUACACCCAGCACUAUGACAGAUCCCCAAAAAUGCAGUAUAGAUGUGUAUAUACAAUAGAUAUUCUACCACUUGCUAGCUACCUGA